UUUCCUGAAUGUUUUUUUUCAGACCCUAUGAAGGUUGCAAAAUAUUUUUAUUCUACAAACCAUUUUUUCCUACAUCUUUAAUAUUUCUAUAUUGUUUACUUGUAAGUGUGUUUGUCCUUCAUGUGUCCUCAGAGGAUAAUUAGACAACAUUAAGAUCAUUAACUAAUGAAAGGUCUGUUAUGGGCCGCUUUCGGGCAGGUCUCGACUCGUCUGUUUUCUGUUGUUUCAUUAAUGAGCUUCAUCAUCAUGUCCUGCGAGUCUGACAAACACCUCAUGAGAUCAGAAUUCUUUAAUACUUGUGUUCAUCUUUAACAACGUACAAUAUGCAACAUGUCUGAAAUAUUAUCAAUGCAUUUUAUAAAUGCUCACAUCUCGACACCCAUGAUCACUCUUUACAAAAGUCAGAAGAAACCGGAUUCUGCUGUGGGUGAUUGAGAUGAAGGUUCAUGUGUGACAGAAUCACUGGACUGCAUAUGAAUGAGAUAAUAAACUCACUGAACAUUAACAUCCCUACGGCUCUUACAAGACUAUAAGACCUGAUGAUCAUUCUGAGGUUCACUGAUCCAUUCCGAGAAGAAUCUUUGCGGCUUUCUCUCGUGUUUGUGAUAUUAUUUUUUGACUAUCAAACGAAAAGGAUUGAUUUGAGAUGAACUCAGACGCCGUGACGCGUGGGAUGCUGUUCCUGUCGCUCACGACGAUGGGCAUUCUGGGCAACGGCGCGGUCAUCUGCGCUUUCCUCUCGGCGAUGUAUCGUGAGGGUCGUCUCUUACCCGCCGACGCCAUCGUGCUGCACCUGGCAUCCGCCAACCUCAUGGUGGUGGGCGUACGCUGCCUGCUGGAGGUUCUCGCCACGUUCGACAUCUACAACGCGUUUGAUGACGUUGGCUGCAAAGCCGUGAUCUUCAUCUAUCGCACUUCCAGAUCUUUGUCCAUCUGGCUGACGUUCGUGCUGAGCGCCUACCAGUGCCUGAGUGUUGCUCCGCCGGGCUCCCGCUGGGCUGACGCCCGGCUUCUGGUGGCCCAAUACCUGGGUUUCAUUUUCCUGGCGUUAUGGGUGAUCAACACCUCCAUGAGCGUCGCUCCCCUCCUGUUCGCCGCAGGUGCCAAGAACGACUCCAAACUCAUACAGAACGGAAUCAAUGUGGAGUUUUGUUUCCUGAGCUUCCCGUCCAGGAUCUCUCGGGACGCCAACGGCGGCGCGCAGGUCGGGAGAGACGUGGUGCCCAUGGUGCUAAUGGCGGCAGCCAGCCUCAUCAUUCUGGCCUUCUUGUAUCGGCACAGCCGGCAGGUAAAAGGUUUGCGGAGCGGAGGGCCGAUCACCGGUGGCAGACAGGGCCCGUCUGCAGAAUGCCGGGCGGCAGUCACCGUGGUCACCUUAGUAACGCUGUAUGUGUUGUUUUAUGGGGUGGAUAACGGGCUGUGGGUGUACACGCUGACAGUUCAGCAGACUCUGAGUUCAUCGCUGAUCUCAGAUCUGAGGAUUUUCUUCUCGUCUCUGUACGCCGCUGUCAGUCCUAUCAUCAUCAUCACCUCCAACAAGAAAGUGAACAAACAGCUGAUGUGCAGGAAUGGACCCAAGGUGUUUUCGGAGCCACCUCAGCCUGAUACUAAAACACGUGACAUCACAGACUGACAAACUGUUGAUAAUGUAACAGAUUUUCAAGAGAGUGUCAUCUGCAAACAAAUGCUUUUCUCAGAACUUACUUAAGGUUUUACAUUUCUAAGGGGAUCUACAGUGGAUGUAUGAAGUCGUAUUUCUGAAGUUUACACAUCAGCACAUGAGCUACAAACAUCAUCACUAACCCAUAGUGUCAGAAUCCUGUUUGUCUUCAUACUCCACCCCCCCCCCAUGAGCCUUCAUUUAUGCACAUCUUCUGAUAAAAACGGGUGUUUUUCAUGAAUAAAGUUUCAUCUUUGUGUUUGUGUCAUGAUAUUCAGAUAACAAACUGAGGACAACAAAAAACAAUAGACAUAGACAAAUGCGUUUUUUUUGUACUGGCAUUUGCACAGCAUUCGUGUUUAUUGCCUUUUUGUGAUGAAUCGCUUGUUGAUUUCCUCAAAUCAUUGAAAUAUAAAUGUAAAUAUAUCGCACAAUGAUCCUAAUAUUAGAUUCAUUUAUAUAACUCUUUUACUCUUUAACUUUUUUUCCUGAGGUAGGGAGAGAUUGCGCCAGGGCCAGAUGAACGUCAUAUUCCCACCUAACUGGUCCUACUCGCUCUGCUCUGCGCGGACCUCAAACCGGCAUCGGUCCGGAUGGGAGACGGGUGAUAUUUUUCUCCAUUUAUUUGUCAUUGGAGUUUGGGUUCCUCGCCACAGGGCCGUGUUGGCUUGCUCACCGGGAGACUGCAUUUAUUAGAUAUUAGAUUAUCUCAAAGCUUCGGGAAAUUCCAUUAACAUCGCUUCAUUAGAAUGAUCUUGCUUGUUCUACAAACACUGUACUGUGUUUGACCUUUUCUGUGUAUUUCUGUUUUUCUUUUCUCCUGUAAAGCUGCUUUGGAACAAAGCACAUUGUGAAAAGCGGCAUUUAAAUAAAAUUGAAUUGAACUGUAAUUCAUUUGUACAUUCAGACAGUGAAAGUUUCUAAAGUGAUAAUGACAUCAGGCGAGUGGGGACAUCAUCAGACACUAGGGGAGAGACUGAAGACUUUUAUCAGACG